AUGCUGGCGAUCCGAAACUACGGGACCCCGUGGAGUCGAAAAUCAUGCGAGGGGGACUUGUCGCGGUCAGUGGCGGCCAGCUUUGUCGCUAUGAUGGGCCCCAGUAACAGCUACGAUAGCGUAGAGAGCAGUGCGACGUGCGACUUCGUUAGUCAACGCAGUGAUGACGGAUAUGGAAACUGCUCGAGUUCACGACGUCGACGUGAUCUGGACGUCGAAACGAUGGGGGAAUUAACUCGACUAAGUGACAAACGAUUGCAUGAAGUAGCUGCUGCGGCUGCGUCUGGCGUGAAUUGGGGUGAGUUGGAACUGGAAUUGGCGGCGGCGAAUCUCAGUGACAGCCAUGGAAGUGUUUGGAAGCGAAAAAAGUUUUCACGAGGCUAUACGAACAGUAAUGCAAUGAAGCUCUUUACUCGACUUACGGUCCGUGACCACCGACACCAGACACGAUGGGGACCAAAGGGGUUUGCAGUUUUAGCAGAAGAGUAUGUGUCCUGCACGGUGCAGGAGUUGCGACUUUUGUUUCGCGUCGCCUCUACUGACGCCUUCCGUGAUAUGAUGAGCUGCAUGUACCGCCGCGAUUUUGUCGACGGUGAACUCUUGCGCACGAUUAAGAUUCAACAUGAAGCGGGAAACCCGGCGAAAGCUUACGAGGACAGAGAGCUUUCCGUUAAAAGUGCGACGUUCGGAAGUCGUAACGUUUUCUCCAGGAACUCGUCGUGGUGUUUCUUGGAGUUACUGCAUCCCCGAGACAGAGUAAAAGAAGAGCAGCCCGUCAGGAGGACAGCAUCAUCGGCAGCGAGUGCAAUUAGUGCUACCCCUCGGCCAGCUUUCACCAGAACACUAGUGUCAAUCGCACGCUCUGGUGUCGUUUUAAAUAAUGCAUAUACACCAUCGUCACGAUCGCAUUCGCACGUUCCAAACGUUGUCAUCAACUACUCAUUUGAACAAGCCCCUAGCGGCUGCUUUACUCGCGUCGUUUUUCAUGGCGAAUACCUGCCGCCUGAUGCUCACGACGCUUUCAAGCGUGCUAGUCAUGAACGACGCCGAGCGCGUAUCUGGAUGCUUCGACUUGCUGCAAGUUGUCAUCGGUACAUUUUUGUCGUCCAGCGUCGUCGUCUUGGAAUGCAGGUAAUUAUCAACAGUACACGGCUCCUACUUGAUACCAUGGCCAAAGGUUCUUGUGCUUGUUGCCGUCGCUCAUUCUCGACCUUUCUCAAGCGCACAAGAAGGAGGUUGUGCUGUCUGUGUGGCUUCCUUGUUUGUGAAAAAUGCGCCAGCGUCCAAGAACGCGAGCACCGCGCACGUGGUGACGACCGUCCGCAGGUUGAGCAAGUGCGCGUAUGUGAACGUUGCCUCAUUCGGAUGCACCAAGCACAAUACACAGCAGUCACGGAAGAGGACCUGCGUCCGGCGCGAGUGAUUUCCGACGCGCAGUCUCCGAUCUCCCGUGCUUACAGCGCUCCAGAUGGCAAUCUUUAUGGUAUUGAUUCGAGGCGUACCCGGUCUGCAUUCAAGACGCGUCCGGCGUCUCUCAAUGACCUACUUCUGGAAAUUUUGGCGGAAGCAACCGCAGGAGGACCGGCUCAACGGAGACGAAAAGCUAGUGUGUUGAGUGUCAUGAAGGAUAUCGUCGAGGAAGAACGCGCUCGGAGACAAGCAUGUUCUGCCCGAAUCCGUAGUGCGUCGGCAGGUGCAACCACCAGCGGUUUGCCUCUGCUGGGAGUACGCAGCGAAAAAAUUGAGGACGCCGAUGAAUAUGUCGACGUCGAACCUGUUAAUAAUGUGGAACGGCUUAAGCUGAUAUGGGGUGAAGCUCCGCGUUGGGAAGACGAUUACCCGUUAGCUAACGCAGACUCGAGAAGAUAUCAGAUCAGGUUUCCAGACGACGAGAUGGAAGCUAUUGUACCCCCGACCCCAGCCAACGAGUACCAACGACUGCAAAUUAUUCAUGAGCAACAACUGAACAAAUUGGGCGACGUGCCUGAAUUGGGUAUCAUCUGCUCGCUGGCUUCGAAGGAACUUAGCUGCGCCGUCAGUACGAUUACCGUUGUUGACAAGACAGAACUACAUGUGCUGGCCUCUACUCAUCCGACAGCGCCCAGCGGUCGGUCGUAUCCGAGAGAGCAGGGGUUCUGCGCUCAAACCAUCCUGGAUCGGAAUCCGCUCGUAUCGCGCCAUGUACAGGCUGACGUGCGUUUUAAUGCAUUGAUAAGUGUCCGCAAGAUGGGGAUCAACUUUUACUGCGGUUUCCCACUGGUUGGGUCUGAUGGCAAGACGGUCAUCGGUUCCUUGUGCUGUGCCGACCCAAAAGCUCGCGACCUGACGCAAUCGCAGUAUGCUUCUAUGAGCAGCUUGGCUAGCGCGGCUUCACGUAUCAUUCAGCGAGCUGCAAAACAACGAGCAGUACGUGAAAACUCCAACGAAGCUUGA